GCGGAAUCCGUCUGUGCAAGGGUGAUGCUGCUGCCGCGGCCGCAGUCGUCGCGCACGCAGCGGUCUGUCCUCUGGCUCCGCCGCGAUUGCGCGCGGGUGUCCCAGGGCGCACUGGAGUCGGACUAUGCAGCCGGGAGCGGUGCUGCGGUCCGUGCUGCUGGCGGUGCUGCUGGCGGGACCGCGGGGCGCGAGGAGCCGCCUGCUGAGCGGGCAGCUGGUCUGCCUGGGAGGGACCCGGAGGCCUUGUUAUAAAGUCAUUUACUUUCAUGAUGCUUCUCGAAGACUGAACUUUGAGGAAGCCAAAGAAACCUGCGGGAGUGAUGGGGGCCAGCUAGUCAGCAUCGAGUCUGAAGAUGAGCAGAAACUGAUAGAAAAGUUCAUUGAAAACCUCUUGGCUUCUGAUGGUGAUUUCUGGAUUGGGCUCAGGAGGCAUGCAGAGAAACAAAGCAAUAGCACAGCCUGCCAGGACCUUUAUGCCUGGACAGAUGGCAGCACAUCAAAAUUUAGGAACUGGUAUGUGGAUGAGCCUUCCUGUGGCAGCGAGGUGUGUGUGGUCAUGUACCAUCAGCCAUCGGCACCCGCCGGCAUCGGGGGCUACUACAUGUUCCAGUGGAACGAUGACCGAUGCAAUGUGAAGAACAAUUUCAUUUGCAAAUAUUCCAAUGAGAAGCCAACAGCUCCUUCUACGAGGCCUGGAGGUGAGAGAAUAGAGCCAGCAACACCCAUACCUCCAGAAGAAACACAGAAAGAAGAUGCCAAAGAAACACUUAAAGAAAGCAAAGGUGUGUACAGAACUUACCUAGGGAAAACAGAUAAUGUGACUCCCUUGAUCACAAAUUAUCCAUGUUACCUUCCUUACUUUGUUCUUCCCAUAGCUCCUUAAAAAUGGAAUUUAGGCAAGGCAUCUGUGACUUUGCAAAAACUGUAUGAAAUGUUAGAUUUCACAGUGAAAUAUGCAACUGGAGCCAUCCUAAGACAGUUGGUUAUCAGACUAGACAGGAAGUGAAAGCUCCUGUCAUUUAUCAUGAAGACAAAGCCUUGGGAACUACCAUGGUCAUGGGAUUGGAGUAGGGUAGGGACUGAGAGAGUAGAUGUAGAGAAGUAAGACCAGAAAGACUCCAGCUGUGAUGUACAAAUCUGGGAUUAAUAUCUGUGAAACAAAUAGAGGAAAUGGACAAAAACAUUUAAAAAGCUAGAUCAUAAAAGGUAAAAGAAAAUGGGGUGGUAAGUUAGAGUGCUAAUAGACUUUCAUCUUUAUGCUCCCCCUGAGUUUCAACAGGGAAAUGUGGGUUCUUGUCACUGGACAACUUAAAAAAAAAAAAACCUAAUUUCUUGGUGCUUCAGUUUAAUCAUUUACAUAAUGGAAAUAAUGAUGUUUUUCUUACCUACUGCAGAGCACUACUGUGUCCAUAAAAUGAAAGAUAUUAUUGUAAUACUGCAAUUCAGUUCUGACACUAAGUCGGCACAAGACUCCCUCAAGCUUAAAGACACAGUUCACAUCUGCCCUGUCUUCAGACAUCAGUCUCAAGUUUGGGGGUCCGAAGGCCACCUGCACAUCUGACCAACCAACUAGAAACCCAGGGGUGGCCAUGGCCCCUCCCAGGUUGAGUAAUUUACCAGAACAAUUCACAGAACCCAGGAAAACACUGUACUCAAACAGGAUCAAGUCAAGAGCAGUCCAAUGAAGGGACACACAGGAGGGGGGUCUGGGAGGAUUCCAAAAUAGGGAGUCUUCUGUGACCUUUAUGGGUGGAAUCGGGAUGUGUUAUCCUCCUUGUGAUGGUUUGAAUAUGAAAUGUUUCCUACAGGCUCAUUUGUUCAACCCUUGGUUCCCAGCAGGUGGUGCUCUUUUAGAGGUUCUGGAAAAUUUAGGAGGUGGGUCUAACUGAAGGAAGUGGGUCACAGGAAGCAUGCAUUUGAAGGUUAGACCUGUAUUCAGUCCCUUCCUCUUUCUCUGUUUCCUGUCCACCAUGAGGUGAACCGCCUCCUCCCUCACACACUCCUGCCAUUCUGAUGUUCUGUCCAAACACAUGGGCCAAGCAACCAUGGAGUGAACAUUCUCAAACUGAGCCCAAAUAAUCCUCUCCUCUUUUCCUCCUCUAAGUUGUUCUCUCAGCUAUCUAGG